CCAUUGAUCCCCUCUGAGAAAGACAACGCCACGAUCUCUUCACGAAGACCUAGAACCAAGGAGAUCACCUCUCGAUACCUCUCUUCUUCGUCCUCAACCUCGACUUCGACGUCGUAUACGUCUUCAUCCUCAAAUUCGACCUCUUCGUCGGCUUCUAGAAGGUAUCCCUCGCCUCUGCUGACUCCUCGACCCUCGACUCCAACUGCAUUGUCCCAAUCGAAGCGAUCUCACUCGGUCGAUCGCUCUCGACCCUCAACCCCCAAAUCAAACCCUCAAGAGACUAUCUCGAACGCUGCGAGAGCCCUUUGCACGACGACGAGGUCUCUCUCUGUGUCUUUUCAAGGGGAAUCCUUCUUCUAUCAGACUAGUAAAGCGAAGGCCGCCUCGAAUUCCCCGAAUCCGACCCGAAAACCGACGCCGGAGCGGAGGAGAUCAGAUGCGAAGACGGAGAACUCGAAGCCGGUGGAGCAUUCUCACUCCCGCCGCUGGCCGGCUGCUAGAUCGCUGUCGAGCUCGCUUACGAGGAGCUUGGAUUGCUCUGAUAGUAAGAAAGAUCCGAUCUUGGCUACUGUUAGGUUGCUUCAGCAGUCGUCGGUUUUAAUGGAGGACGGGACGAGGAGGGUUUCGUUCGAUGGGCAGAUGGGUUUGGAUUCAGAUAGUGACAGUGUGUCAUCGGGAAGCAAUUCGGGUGCUAAUGAGGUUUCAGUGCCACUGAGAGCCAAGGUAACGUCGAGAGGAAUAAGCGUACCUGCGAGAUUUUGGCAAGAGAAUGGUAGUAGGCUGAGAAGAAUUCCUGAGCCUGGAAUAAAGUCACCGGCCAUCAAAAGGACUUUGAGCGAUAGCCCAUUGUCGUCACCGAGAUCAGCAGCUUCACCAAAUAGGCCGAUUAGGCCUUCUUCACCUAGUAAGGCCGCAGGGUCUCCCGCGAGAGGAAUGGCGAGCCCUUUGAGAGGGAGAGGGAAUAGUAGCGUGAUGGGGAGUUCUUCACCGUUGCCAAACGGGCAGCAGGUGGGCAAUGCACCUUCAAUCAUAAGCUUUGCAGCGGAGGUCAGAAGAGCGAAGAAAGGCGAGAACAGGAUCGAGGAGGCGCAUCUGUUGAGAUUGUUGGAUAACCGGAAUUUGCAGUGGCGAUGGGUGAACGCGAGAGCGUGUGCUGCCCUUAUGGUGCAGAGAUUGGCAGCAGAGAAAAACCUGUAUAAUGCAUGGAUGGCAACCUCCGAACUGCGUGAUUCUGUAACUCGUAAAAGGAUCAAGCUGCAAUUACUGACACAAAAUUUAAAGCUAACAUCAAUUCUAAAGCAACAAAUGACCUAUUUAGACGAGUGGUCAAAUAUAGACAGAGAUCAUGCUAGUUCCUUAUCAGGAGCUACAGAAGCAUUAAAAGCUAGCACUCUCCGGCUUCCAGUUGUUAGUGGAGCUCGGGCAGAUUUACAAAAAGUGAAAGAUGCAGUCAGUUCGGCAGUUGACGUGAUGCAAGCCAUGGGUUCCUCGAUAUGCUCGUUACUGUCAAAGGUAGAAGGGACAAAUUCAGUGUUAUCUGAACUUUCUAAAGUGGCUGAACAAGAACGAGGUUUAUUGAAUCAAUCAAGAGAUUUGUUAUCCACCAUAGCAGCAAUGCAUGUAAAGCAAUGUAGCCUUCGUGGGCAUAUCUUACAAUUGAGAUGCAAACCGAGUCAAGUACAAGUGUAGAGCAAGGCUCCGUUGUUACUUCUGUGAUUACUAACCACCACAGCGACUUUCUUUUUUCCUCUAACCGGAGAUUGCACUGAAAGGUAAUAAUAACACAUGAUGGCUUGUUGGGAGAGAAGCUCGGGUUUUGUAUUUCAGCUCUAAUUGAUGUCGUGUAAGUCGGCUUAUGCAUGUAAUUUUGUAUGCUUAUUCACCAUAGGAAGUUGUUUCCCUGCCUUCUCGCGGCAAUUGCACUAGCUGUAUAAAGAACGCCUUUUAUUGUUUAGUCUUUUCCCCCACUGAUCAAAGGCAAAAGCUAAUGUAUAUAUAUGAUGCUUUCAGGUUUCCCAACCGUUUCGAGGGGAAAUCGUGUUUUUCAGUUAGAGUAGUCAUUUUGAUUUCUUAUGUAAGGUUGGUGUUCAUUUCGAUAGUGUUUAUACUAAUUUGGCAACUAUUGAAUUUACCCCUAUAGUUGACAUCACCAGCUUUUAAUUACAUUAGAAUAAACCAGAUUCAUCUUCCAAUUUCAA